AAAAAUGGGUUUUCAGGAAGAAAGGGGACAAACAAACAGGCCUUUACCUUCUCGGACUAUAACCUCAGCCUAUGCUCUCUCUCAAUUCUCACAAAGAGAGGAAGUCAUAUUUAAACACGAAAAAGUAAACUCACUGUCUUUCACUCUCUUCUCCUUCUUCUUUCUUCUCCUCUCGACGAAACCAAUCCAUCUGGUUGGUUUUCUUGGCAAUGUGGUUUCGUCCUACAGGUAAUGAAUGGCCGAGUACUGUUACCGAAACGACGUCUCUUCUCUCGUCCUCGACCCCCAUUCCACCAGCCCCAGCGUACACUUCCAUUUAUGUACAGCCUUCUCCGGCUCCUCAUUCCGCCGCAAGAUUUUCCACGCCGUCAGCUGUGGCGCCAGCUCCCACCACCGUCGCAACCACCAUGACUUCACCAGAUCAGCUUCCGAUGAACCUAAGCCCAAGGCGGCAGCAAAGCGGCGGUCCGUCAAUUCCGAGAAGUUCUCCGAUCUUCUGAGGAUGGCGGACUUGCCGGAACCCGAGACCGACGCCGUGAAGACGAAGAACGGGGAGGCAUUGGAAGAGCUUAAGCGCGUGGUGACGGAACUCCAGGCUGUGGACUCGGUCAAGAGAAAGGCUGCAGCGAGCAUCGCGAGGCUGCGCGCCAAGAAAGACUUGGAGGCUAGAGUGACGCUCGCCAUUCUCGGAGCGAUCCCUCCCCUGGUCGGAAUGCUCGAUUCGGAAGACGUCGAAACUCAGAUCGCUUCUCUAUACGCGCUGCUCAAUCUCGGGAUCGGCAACGAUGCGAAUAAAGCGGCCAUUGUUAAAGCUGGCGGUGCCCACAAGAUGCUAAAGCUGAUCGAGUUUCCAACAGCUCCAAACCCAUCAGUCUCAGAAGCCGUAGUGGCAAAUUUUCUGGGCUUGAGCGCUUUGGAUUCGAACAAGCCCGUGAUCGGAUCAUCCGGGGCAAUCCCAUUUUUGGUGAAAACUCUCCAGAAUUUAGACCAUCGAAGUUGUAGCCUCCAGUCGAAGCAAGAUGCCCUCCGAGCGCUCUACAAUCUCUUAAUCUUCAAGUCGAACGUUUCCAUCGUUUUGGAAACCAAUUUGAUACCAUUUCUAUUGAAAACAUUGGACGAUAUGGAAGUGAGCGAACGAAUGCUGGCAAUCCUUAGCAAUGUGGUUUCGACCUCGGAAGGUCGAAAGGCGAUUAGCACUGUGGCGGAUGCUUUCCCAAUAUUGGUCGACGUUUUGAAUUGGACUGAUUCGCCGGGUUGCCAAGAGAAGGCAUCCUAUAUUUUGAUGGUAAUGGCACAUAAAGGGAAUAAUUCUGAUAGGCAGGCAAUGACACAGGCUGGAAUUGUAUCGUCCUUGUUAGAGUUAACCCUUCUUGGUAGCCCAUUGGCCCAGAAGAGAGCUUCAAGGAUCCUGGAGUGUUUGAGAGUCGAUAAAGGGAAGCAAGUUUCUGAGAAUUUUGGUAACAGUUUGGGUACUGGUGCGGCAGUAUCAGCACCCAUUUGUGGUGUGUCUUCGUCGUCUUCUACAAAUCCAGUUGCUGGGGGUCCGAAGGAGUGUUUGGAGGAGAAAAAUUCGAGUGAGGAGAAGAGAGCAGUGAAGCAAUUAGUCCAGCAAAGUCUGCUUUACAACAUGAGAAGGAUUAUAAAGAGGGCAAAUUUACCGCAGGAUUUUGUUCCCUCGAAUCAUUUCAAGUCCCUCACAUCUACUUCGACCUCAAAGAGCUUGCCCUUUUGAGGAUGAGGGAUUGGAGCUGCUGCCAAGUGCCAAUGAAGAAACUAGUCCUCUUUCCGCAACCUCGUUCCCUUCUGGGUUUUUUGUAGCCAUUGUUAGUCAGAAUUCAGUAUUAAGUCAAUGCCUGUCAAAGUUUAUGUAUGUAUGUAUGUAUGUAUAUCUUAUAUUGCUUUAGAUUUGUGGUAGACCAGGAGUGAAGUGAAAAUGAAACCCUUUCUGCAUGGGGUUCGAA